GUGAAGUGUGACCCUGUUUGUUUUGAUACCAUGACCUGCGGGCCCCAUGAGGUGCGACGGCUCUCCACAGCCCCCUCCGUGCUCAUGCCUGACUUCAUCCUCACCACCGAGUGGCUCUGGUACUGGGAAGAUGAGUACGGAGAAUGGGUCCCCUAUUCCUCCAUAAAAGAGAGUCACAGGAUGUCCUCAGUGUCCUCCAGUGAUCUGGAAAAGCGUUACCAGGAAGACAACAAUGCUGUAGUGCUCUUCACAGCUGGUCAAGAGCACUAUGAACUGAGUUUCAAAGAUAUGGAGCAAAAGAAUGUGCACUAUGGCACCCCGAGACAGGUUAGAAGAAGACCUGAGUUCAUCUCAUCGGUUGGUGUCCAAACCGCCAGAACCAGCAAGAGAAGAGGCCCCGUAUCAUCACAACAUGGCAGAGGCGUACCAGGAUACUGGGACAAGUCUGCUGUGCCUGAAACAGGAUACAAGAGAGUAGCUCUGGUAAGUACUGACCGGGACUAUCUGAAGGUCCAGGAGCUGUUCUGCAAGACACUGGGCGGUUUUGACAUCGUCAGUAUUGAGAGGAUCCAGAACAAGGAGCUCUGGGAGGACUUUCAGACGAAACGAGAACGUAUGACGAAAGCCAACAAGGAUAAAAAGUACGUUGCUGGGGAACGUCUGCUCUUCCAUGGCACAGAUUCCAAGUUCAUUGAUGCGAUCUGCUACCAGAACUUUGACUGGAGAAAGUCUGGAGCCAAUGGAACGGUUUAUGGAGAAGGAUGCUACUUUGCCCGGGAUGCCCGCUACUCCAACAGCUACACCUCUGACCACGGGCGUACACUCCAUGUUGUGUGUCCGCGUGCUGGCAGGCAGCUACACCCGAGGGCAGUCUCAAUAUCGCCUGCCACCCUCCAUAGAUGGAGGCCUCCUUCUGUAUGACAGCUGUGUGAAUGAUGUCCGCGACCUUCUA